GCGGCUCCCAUAGGGAGAACCCGGACGCUGCGCGCAAGGCAUGCUGGGGGUCGCAGUUUCUCUUUUCUGAGGGGGGCAUUAGAAAGAGAAUCAUGGCGGCGGCCUCUUCCUCAGGCCCGACGGGACCCCAAGAAGGCGGGAAGGGCCCCGAAGAGCCCCCGGCGCUACAGUACAGCCUCCUGCUCGCCUACUUGGUGGGAGAGAAGCGGGGGCCGAGGCCGGCGCAGAGCUUCGACCCGGCCAUCCUUGGAGGCUUCCCGACGCCGCCCAAGAGCCCUGAGCAAAAGAUGGUGGAGCGGGCCAUGGAGAGCUGCGCUUUCAAGGCGGCCCUCGCCUGCGUCGGGGGUUUUGUGCUGGGCGGCGCCUUUGGCGUGUUCACGGCCGGCAUUGAUACGAACGUGGGCUUCGACCCAAAGGAUCCGUACCGCACGCCGACAGCCCGGGAGGUCCUGAAGGACAUGGGCCAGCGCGGGAUGUCCUAUGCUAAGAAUUUUGCCAUUGUGGGCGCCAUGUUCUCCUGCACUGAAUGUUUGGUGGAGUCGUACCGAGGCAAAUCAGACUGGAAGAACAGCGUUAUGAGUGGGUGCAUUACUGGAGGCGCCAUAGGCUUCAGGGCUGGCCUCAAAGCAGGCGUCCUCGGGUGUGGAGGCUUUGCAGCUUUCUCUGCGGUGAUUGACUAUUAUUUACGGUAGCCGCCGGUGGAGCCGACAAGGAAGGGCCUCCUGGUUUGAACUCUGCAGAACAGCAGGUACCCGCGUGCUUUCUUUUCCUGGGCUGCUACCCAUUAGGGAAGCAGAGAAAGUUUGGGGUGCUCUCUUGUAGAAGAACACGGGCACACACCCGGUACCUCGGUGGCGAAGUCUUCUAAGCCAAGCCCUGGCCGAACAUCGGAGGGAAUCAGCAAAGAGCCGCCCUGGACCCUCCUGGCUCUGGCUAAGGGCGCAGUUUGCUUGGUGACCAUGGCUGCUCUUUAACGUUAGGGCAGCACCUCCCAUCGCGCAAGAACUCCCUGUACUGUUGCUGCAGUUUUGGAUAUGAGUGGAAUGGAAAGAUUGAGUUACGAUUUGAGUCAGCAUAUCAAGGACUUUGAUACCAAUAAAGCAGGAACUGCUUUCAGAGACAGAACAA